AUGAAGACUACCGCUCUCAUUUCCUUGCUCGGCCUCUCCAGUGCCGCCAUGGGCGCUGCUGUGGAGAAGAGCAAGCCCACCACCAACGGCCCCUGGGGCUACAAGGCCGGCUCCAAGGAGUCCAUUGCCAACAUGAAGGACAAGAUUGAGAACGUUGUCUGGAUUCUCCUCGAGAACCGUGGUUUUGAUAACAUUCUCGGUGGUAUCAAGAAGAAGGGUCUCGACAACCCCAUCAACAACGGUCCUUUCUACAACUUGGAGGAUAUCACCAACCCCAAGAGCAAGAAUUGGUCCACCUCCAAGAAGAACUACGACUCCGUUCUCAACGAUCCCGAUCACAGUCUCACUGGUAUCAACUUCCAGCUCUAUGGUGAAUACAGCCCUGACAACGAGGCCAUUGCCAACGGCACUUUGACCCCCAACAUGUCGGGCUUCAUCCAGCGCCACAUGCUCCGCUACCCCAAGAUCUCCGCCCAGCGCGCUGCUGAUGAGGUCAUGGGCUUCUACACUGAGAGUCAGGUCCCCACCAUUGUUGACAUGGUUGAUGAGUUCACCACCUUCAACGACUGGUUCUCCUGUGUGCCCGGUCCCACCAACCCCAACCGUCUCUGCUCGGUCGCUGGUGUCACCGAUGGCCACGGAAAGAACGAUGCUGACUUCGAUGUCUCCGCCAUCCCCACCAACAGCAUCUUCCAGGCUGCCUCCGAGAAGGGUAUCUCUUGGUUGAACUACGACGGCACUAACGGCGCCUUCCUCCCCGAUGCCCUGUUCUUCAACUGGACCGCCAAAAACGCCAAGAGCAACGUCGUUCCCCUCGAGAACUUCUACCAGGAUGCCUACCUCGGUGUCCUUCCCCAGCUGUCCUACAUCAACCCCUCUUGCUGCGGUGCCAACACCAACUCCAUGCACCCCUCCGGAAACAUCUCCUACGGUGAGGUCCUCCUGAAGCAGAUCUACGAUUCUGUCCGCACCGGUCCCCAGUGGGACAAGACCCUUAUCCUCGUCACUUUCGAUGAGACUGGUGGUUUCUACGACCACGUUCCCCCCCCGCUUGCUGUGCGCACCGAUAACAAGACCUACACUGAGAAGGGCUACGACGGAAAGCAGUACACCUUCACCUUCGAUCGUCUCGGUGCCCGUAUGCCUACCUGGUUGAUGUCCCCCUGGGCCCCUAAGGGUUACGUCGAGGGCAAGGGUGUCAACCCCGCCACCGGCGAGACCUCCGUCUACAGUGCUACCUCUGUUCUCAAGACCCUCGGUUACCUUUGGGACAUUGAGGAUAUGGGUCCUCGUGUCUCUCACUCGCCUUCCUUCGACCACCUCAUUGGCACGAAGAAGCGCACUACCACCAAGUCUCUCCAGAACCCCCAUGUUUUCCCCAACGAUAUUUGA